AUGUUCCUAGUCUUCGCGUUAUCCUUUUUUAUUGUAUUCAUAAAAGAAUCGACUUCACAGCAAGGCACUGUGACUUGCGGCUCAGUGCUCAAGCUAGUGAAUACUGAUUUCAAUGCGCGACUUCACUCACACGAAGUUCAGUAUGGUAGUGGGAGUGGGCAGCAAUCUGUUACCGCUGUAUCUGACGAAAUGGAUACAAACAGCUAUUGGCAGGUUGUUGAACGUAAUGGUAGCCCUCAAUGCAAUCGAGGUAGAGUUAUAAAAUGUGGACAGAAAAUCAGACUCAUGCAUCUUUCAACUCGGAAAUAUCUUCACAGUCAUCAUUUUCAGUCUCCUCUUUCGCCUAAUUAUGAAGUCUCAGCAUUCAGUAAUAAUGGAGUAGGCGAUGAAGGCGAUGAUUGGCAAAUUAUCUGCGAUGGUGUCUACUGGAAACAAUCGUCAAACAUUCGUUUAAAGCAUAUUUCCACAGAGGGAUACCUUCAUUUAUCAGGUAAACGAUAUAGUAGACCUAUAUCUGGACAAUAUGAAGUAUCUUCAACUCCAAAAUUAACUAAUGCAAUUACAUGGACAACUACAGAAGGUGUAUAUAUUGAUCCAAUUGAUUUUUUAAAUAAAUCAACAUAUUCGCAUGAUGAAUUCUGA